CACUCCCAAAGAGUUUCAGUGCCCGUUUGGACAUCCACAAUCAGAGAUGGCAGCAGAGGUGGCAUCCUGGAAAGCUACAGAGCCUUGGUCUUUUCAUCCAGUAUAUGCAAGAUACUGGCGACAUUAUCAUCAGGCGAUGGCCUGGAUGCGAAGCCACCACAGUGCCUACAGGAAGGCCGUGGAAUCGUAUUUCAGUUGCCCGUGGUCCUUCCCUCCUGCAGCUCUUCCCCAAAGCUCUUACACUAACAAGGCCAAAUCUCCUCGGCCCUCUCGUGACCAUCUCCCGGCUUCCACGGACGCGCACUGCGGUUCUGCACAUUCCAGAAGGUCUGGGCAGCAUCCACCAGCCCGCCCGAGAGAACGGCGAGCUUGGCCCGCCCCGGAGGAGGCGGAGUCCGAGUCAGAUGGGGGCGUGGAGUGCGACCUGAGCAACAUGGAGAUCACGGAGGAGCUGCGCCAGUACUUCGCCGAGACCGAGAGGCACAGGGAAGAGCGCCGGCGGCAGCAGCAGCUGGACGCCCAGCGCCUGGAUGACUACGUGAACGCCGACCACGACCUGUACUACAGCACCCGCCGCUCGGUGGAGCCCCCGUCCGAGAGGCCUGGUGAGCGGCGCAAGGCCGAGAUGAAGCGCUUGUAUGGGGACAGUGCCGCGAAGAUCCAGGCCAUGGAGGCCGCCGUGCAGCUGAGCUUCGACAAGCACUGUGACAGGAAGCGGCCCAAGUACUGGCCGGUCAUUCCGCUCAAGUUCUGAGCCCGCGGUGCAGGGUACCCAGCCAUCACCCCCUUCCUCCUGGAUUCACUCAAUCUCUCCUUCUGUGCAUUUUCUCAGGGAAAUUUCUCUUAUACUGAGAAAUAAGCAUGUCACCAAAGUCCCAGGGGGCCCAUCUCAGGGCUGGAUGUAAUACGUUGGCCACUUGAAGUCAGCAAGACAUGUACUGUUGCCAACAUGAAAGAUUUUCUUUUGACCUAAAAUGAUAAUUUCAUAUAUAUUAUGCUUGGUUUUGAUGUCACUAAGAAUGUUCAGUUCAUUAAAGUCCUCACUUAGAGAAA